AUGUAUUGCAUUUAAUAAUAACGGCAGGAGAUGAAUGAACUCACGAAGUUAGUGAAAGCAAUGUGGCACAAAUAGUUGUAGUCUGCUUGGAAGUGUUGCUGCUGGUGUUGAUGAUAAGAAAAAAAUGUAGGUUUUUAUUUUUCUACCGCUAUCAAAACACAUAGCUCUGAUAUCAUCCUCACGAAUGGUUUUCCCCUAACAGGAAGUUUGAAGAAAAGCGAAGAUUUUCACAAUGGCGGGUUGUGUCUGGAUGUGGGUUGUGACACUGUGUUUGUUUAUUAAAAUAUUACACUUUAGUACUGCACAGAAGAACCAAACAGAGUGUCCUGUUGGGAGGUACGGACCCCCCAACUGCACUGAGACCUGUGGUAGCUGUUUCAAUCCUCAUGACUGUAACAAGGUGACGGGCGCCUGCCCGUCCUGCAAAACUGGUUUUAGUGGAACACAGUGUAAAGAGUGCUCCCCCUUGCGCUGGGGAACAAGCUGCUCUCCCUGCGGAGUCGGGUGUGCUGGUACAUGUCAUGCCAGCAACGGAAACUGCACGUGUAGAGACGGAUGGACAGCGCCAUACUGUACAGAGUGUGCUGCUGGGCGGUAUGGACCCAACUGCACUGAGACAUGUGGUAGUUGUGCCAAUCCUCGUGACUGUAACAACGUGACGGGCUCCUGUCCGUCCUGCACAACUGGAUUUAAUGGAACACUUUGUAAAGACUGCGCUGUGGGUAACUGGGGGGACACCUGUUCACACCUGUGUGGUUCUGGCUGUGAGAACGGAGUUUGUGACACUCUCCAUGGAACAUGUGACUGCAAGAAAGGGUGGAAAAUACCUACCUGUGAAGAUUGCACAGACGGUCACUACAACGUGUCUAACGACUGUCAAAACACCUGUGGUAGAGGAUGUAACAACACAUGUAGCAGGACAGAGGGGACAUGUCAGUGUCGGGCAGGAUGGCAGCCACCUCUGUGUCAAUGGUGUGCUGACGGGUGGUUCGGGUCUGAGUGUACAGAGUGCGGCCACUGCGCCAACAACAGCGUCUGUGACAAGAAGACCGGCGUCUGUCCUUUUUGUGAUGGAGACUUUGUAGCCCCUCUGUGUGUAGAUGCGGUCGCACCGUGCAAGGACAGCUGCAGUGUGGCAGGUCCUGUGGCCGGCACUGCCAUCGGCUGUAGUGUCGUCUUUUUCAUCGUAGGCGCCAUCUUUGAUUGGUGGAUGAGAAGAUCACGAUCAAAGAAACCGUCACAAGCAGAUUAUUCACAUGAGGAAUUUUCAUCAAAGUCUAACCUGGGUACCCCCGCUUUGUCCUCACGGCGUCUGGCUGAAUGUCCCGGACGUCCAGAAUCUCCAAAGGACAGAUCAGAGGACACCUCAGACUAUGGAAACAUCGGCUUUGACAGCAACAUUUACGAGGAAUCUGUCGUCAGUGAUAACAAGAUGACAGCUUACGUUCCCCUUGAAUUCCCCGUGAACAGCAAGAAUACUGACAAUGACAGUGACAAUGAUUACAUCAACGCCACGUCACGUCACAAACUGCAGCUCGAGUAAAACCAACAAAAUUCUAGUAUUGUUGUGUUUCAUCUUACACUCAUAUUUUUUUUAACCUUGUGGCAGCAGCAGAACACUCUUUAUGAAUGGUAAUUUCACUGUCAAACAGACUUUUCCAGAUUUUGGUUUCAAACCACCAUCAGCACCAAAUAAACUGUCUGAUAGUCAUAUUUAAUCAAAUUUCUGUAAUAGCUUUAGAAACAGCUUGCAUUGAAGAACAACUUUAAUUUUUCAACUGACCCAUUGUAAAAAUUCAAAAUAUAGUAUAACUCACGAUGAUUUGCAGAAAUGUAAUAAAUUUGAUAUUUUCUUGUAUACAUAGAAAACCUAGAGUUCAGCUUCAGCUACGAUAAGGUAAAAAAUUUGACAUUCAGUAAUCUCUUGUGAAUUUAAUGUCACAUCCUGUGUUUGUGUCUAUUCUGUGAAUGCUAUGUCUCUGAAUCAUUUUGCUAGUAGUUGAUUGUCUCAAGCUUUUGUUACAACACGUAUAAAUGUAGAGCCAGCGAUGACAGCAACACGAAAGAACUACAAACUUGAAUAAUGCUCUCUUCCAUGACAUGGUCGCAAUAUCCAAUAAUUCAGAUGAUCGCCUCACAACUUCUGUAAAUAAUUUUUGAAAGUUUUCAAGUUUAAACGCAAAAUUUACAAAAAUAAUAAAAACAUAUUUAGCAUAAACAUAUCUAACGUAGAAAGUGAUUUUAUUUUUCCUAAUUUUAUAUCUGUUAUAUUAUUACUAUUUUCAUAGCAUAAAGUAUUUGAAACUGUAUAAGUAUUAAUAUAGAUAGCUUCA